GUGCACAGAAAGAAUACAGGGAACAAAGGGAGAGAGAAAGGGAGCUAAGAAAACCGAGGGUUCUCUCCGACGUUAAUGGCGGUUAGGGUUCUCUGUUGAUCCCCGAAACUAAAAUCUCCCGCCACUUUGCUCUGUAGUUAUACCUAAAGUUCUUAAUUCAAUCCCCCAAUUAUAGCUUCUUAUACUUUUUUCAAUACCGACAAGGAUUUAAUACAAAUUCAGUAGAAGGAGAGAGGAACGACUGAUGGGUGCCCCAGAAAAAACCACGGCUGUCGCGAAUUCGAUGCAGCGUGUCAAGGUCUAUCGUCUGAAUGAGCAUGGAAAGUGGGAUGACCGUGGAACUGGACAUGUUACUGUUGAUUAUCUGGAGAGAUCAGAAGAACUUGGUCUCUUUGUCAUUGAUGAGGAAGAUAACGAGACAAUACUUGCACAUCGUAUCAGCUCUGAUGAGAUCUAUCGACGGCAAGAAGGUACUAUCAUCUCUUGGCGUGAUCCAGAGUAUUCUACAGAGUUAGCUCUUAGCUUUCAAGAGACUGCAGGGUGCUCCUACAUCUGGGACCACAUUUGCAGUGUGCAGAGAAAUAUGCAAUUUAACACACUCAGUAACCUUGAGAUGGGUCAUCGCUCAGCCACAGAGGCAUUGGAGACAUCUGGGACAUCUCAGGCCAAUGAUGAAUCAUUUCGUGGCCUCAAUAGUGAACUGAGGGAAUUGCCAGCGGUUGACCUAUCCACACUUCCUCUGAUAUUGAAGACUGUAGUGGAGAGUGGUAUUUCUGACCAGAUGCGUGUGACAGAGCUUAUAGUGCAUGAUCAAGAUUUCUUCAGGAAGCUGAUGGACCUGUUUAGAAUGUGUGAAGACUUGGAAAACAUUGAGGGUCUUCACGUAAUAUUCAAGAUAGUCAAGGGGAUCAUUUUACUCAACAAUCCUCAGAUAUUUGAGAAAAUUUUUGGGGAUGAGCUCAUCAUGGAUAUUAUUGGGUCCCUGGAAUAUGAUCCUGAAAUUCAUCAUGUCCAACAUCAUCGUGCUUUCCUAAAGGAGCAUGUGGUUUUUAAGGAGGCAAUUCCUAUUAAAGAUCCCGUAGUCUUGUCAAAGAUACAUCAGACGUACAGAAUUGGUUAUAUAAAGGAUGUCAUUUUGCCAAGAGUAUUGGAUGAGGCAACAGUUGCAAAUCUCAAUUCUGUCAUCCAUGCACAUAAUGGUGUAGUAAUUUCAUUGUUAAAGGAUGACAGUGCCUUUAUUCAGGAUUUGUUUGCAAAGAUGAGAUCACCCACCACCUCUUCAGAGUCGAAGAAGAAUUUGGUUUUCUUCUUGCACGAAUUUUGUAGCUUGAGUAGAAGCUUGCAGCUGGUCCAGCAACUGCGACUGUUUAGGGAUCUCAUGAAUGAAGGCAUCUUUGACAUCAUAACUGAUGCUUUGCAGAGUCCAGAUAAAAGGCUUGUAUUAACAGGGACAGACAUCCUUAUUCUUUUCCUUAACCAGGAUCCAAACCUUCUUAGGUCAUAUGUGAUUCGACAGGAAGGGAGUCCUCUACUUGGGCUUCUGGUCAAAGGUAUGAUAACAGACUUUGGGGAGGAUAUGCAUUGCCAGUUUCUAGAAAUUCUUCGCAGCUUACUGGACUCGUACACUUUGUCUGGAUCCCAGAGAGACAAUAUUAUAGAGAUUUUCUAUGAGAAGCACUUGGAUCAGUUAAUUGAUGUUAUUACGUUGUCAUGCCCUCCGAAAGGUGGUACUUGUCCAGUUGUCAAAUCUGCUGGCUCUGGUGGAAAUACCGAAAGUCAGGCAGCCACAAAGCCUGAAAUUUUGCUAAACAUCUGUGAACUUCUAUGCUUUUGUGUGCUUCACCAUCCUUACAGGAUAAAGUGCAAUUUUCUCGUCAAUAAUGUGAUAGAAAAAGUCUUGUUUCUAACCCGUGGAAGGGAAAGAUACUUGGUAGUUGCCGCUGUCCGCUUUCUGCGGACUAUUAUUUCCCGCAAUGAUGAUCAUCUGCUGCGUCACAUUGUCAAGAACAACCUUCUAAAACCAAUUGUUGAGGCAUUCGUUGCCAAUGGUAAUCGCUAUAAUCUGCUGAACUCUGCGGUCCUAGAACUUUUCGAGUAUAUACGGAAGGAAAACCUCAAAACCUUAAUCACAUAUGUGAUAAAUUCAUUCUGGAAUCAGUUGGUCAAAUUUGAGCACUUACCAUCCAUUCAAGUGCUGAAAGUUAAAUAUGAACAGUCCCUAGAAGCCUGUGAAACAAGAAGUGCUGUUAAUGUUGUGGAUCCAAGAAAGCGGAAUGAUGAGCGGGCCCUUGAGAAAGAAGAGGAGGACUACUUCAAUGAAGACAGUGAUGAAGAAGAUACUGCAUCUGUACGCGCUUCACAUACCCGUGACCAACAUGCUCUCCCUGUCUUACCGAAUGGUUCCAGCAUCAGCUAUCCAUCAUUAAGACCGGGAUCUGGUGGGCUGGUUGACUAUGACGAUGAUGACGAUGAUGACAACUACAAUCCGCCACCUAAACCAGGGACCUCUGGUGGGGACAGCACGACAGCAGAGUCCCCCAAGCCGAAACGCAAGUCGACUUCUAAAGAAAAGGAGCUUGAGCUAACAAAGAAGCAAAGGUUGGAUAAAAAUUCAAUAGAUGGUUCUGUAUCCAUCAUUUCCGCAACACCUACCCAUGCGGCGUCACACGGCAAGAAAGUGACUAGCACCAUGCGUAUUAUUACUCGCACCCCUGAUACUAAAAGCAGUUCAGAUCAAGAGAACCAUAUUGAGAAGGAACCUACAGCUCCAAGAAGUUGUUCCAAUUGUGUGCCCAAUGCCUCUGGUACUAGACAGUCAAGUGGAGAUGACUGUCCAUUGCUGGCGCCCAACGGUAACAAUUCCCCGUCGGAGAUGACUGUAAAUGGCACUAAUGUCACUGGCUCAGAACCAUAUUCAGUACGAUGACUUAAUUGAUCAUAUUGUUUUAUUUCUUUUCAAGCCAUGAAAGUGAAAGAUUACAAUCAGCCAGUUGGGUUGGUUUUCCCGUCCGCCAAAAUGAACAGAAGACUUGUCAAAGAAGUUCGCCAACAUACUGAGGGAUGGCUUAAGUUUCUGGUUCUCUAUUGGCAAAAGGAAGAGAUAAAAUGUACUGCCAGUAAGAGUGGCAAAGCCUGAAGUCGGAUGAUGAGGUCUAGUCUUCCCCUUGUUUGGUUUGCCUUUGGAGGCAAGAAAGACAUUGCUUUUGUAUAACAUUCAUCAGUUGUUAAUGGUUCUUUCCCC